AAGCGGUCAAAAUCAGUGGACGACGACGACUUCUUAUCAUUUAAUAUCUCUCCAUCAUCUUCUUCUUCGACAUCAAAUCCAAUUCGGAUCAAACAUGGCUUCUCACUCGUCGACUCUCCUCUCUUCUCCUACUUUCGCUCCCUUCUCCUCUCAUCGUCUUCAGUAUUCUCCCAAUCUCUCUACUCUCAGAUUCUCCCGUCCAAUCAGAAAUAAACCCAAUCUCGCCUUGCGAUGUUCAGUCUCAAUCGAGAAAGAAGUUCCCGAAACUGAACGACCCUUUACCUUUCUCAGGGAUUCUGAUGACGCCACUCACUCUUCUUCUUUUUCUUCUUCCGUCAGGGCUCGUUUCGAGACUAUGAUUAGGGCUGCUCAAGACAGUGUCUGUGAUGCAAUUGAAGCUAUAGAAGGCGGUCCUAAGUUUAAAGAAGAUGUUUGGUCUCGACCUGGUGGUGGAGGUGGAAUCAGUCGUGUUUUGCAGGAUGGUAAUGUCUUUGAGAAAGCUGGUGUUAAUGUCUCUGUGGUUUACGGUGUUAUGCCUCCUGAAGCUUAUAGAGCUGCAAAGGGCUCAGCUUCAGAUCAGAAACCUGGUCCAGUUCCGUUCUUCGCUGCCGGAGUCAGCUCGGUUUUGCAUCCCAAGAACCCUUUUGCCCCAACUCUGCAUUUCAAUUAUCGUUAUUUCGAGACGGAUGCUCCAAAGGAUGUUCCUGGAGCUCCGAGGCAAUGGUGGUUUGGUGGUGGCACUGAUUUCACUCCUGCUUAUAUCUUUGAAGAAGAUGUCAAGCAUUUCCAUUCGAUUCAAAAGCAAGCCUGUGACAAAUUCGACCCUUCCUUCUAUCCCCGAUUCAAGAAGUGGUGUGAUGACUACUUUUACAUCAAGCACCGUGACGAGAGACGAGGACUAGGAGGGAUAUUUUUUGAUGAUCUUAAUGACUAUGAUCAGGAAAUGCUUCUGUCAUUUGCCACUGAAUGUGCAAACUCAGUGGUACCGGCUUAUAUCCCUAUAGUAGAGAAAAGGAAAGACAUGGAAUUUACGGAGCAGCACAAGGCAUGGCAACAGUUGCGAAGAGGGCGAUAUGUUGAAUUCAACUUGGUAUAUGAUCGUGGAACGACAUUUGGUCUGAAGACAGGAGGACGAAUAGAGAGCAUUCUUGUCUCUCUCCCGCUUUCAGCAAGAUGGGAAUAUGACCAUAAACCGGAAGAGGGAACUGAAGAGUGGAAGCUAUUGGAUGCUUGUAUCAACCCAAAGGAGUGGAUCUAGCCUGUGUUUCCGAUUGUUUGAGACGAGCCGAGUUUAUUUCCAUUGUUUGAUGUAAGUUUUGAGCAGCUUUAGAGGAUUAGAUAACUGAAGAGAUGGAGAAAGAGAGUGUGUAAAAGGUCAGGUUAACAUGCUCCUUUCUUUCUUUGUGAUGGCAAUGAAGACAAACCUAAGAGCAGUGUUGUUAAAAGUCAAAACUUACCAAUGCAAACAGUUUGUUUCCAUUGUUUCUUGCGAGUUUAAAAGACAGCUUUAGAGGAUUAGAUUACUGUAAAGAAAGUUAUACUCUACUCUA